AUGUUCUCAAAAUGUAGAACUGACGCGUUUAGGAAGAUGUCUAUGAAAUGUUUCGCCCUUAGUUAUAAUAUAAAAAAGGAAGAAAGAUUGUUGGAGAUGCACAAGUCCAAUUUCGUAGAAAACGGCACUAAUAUUAAUUUUCGUUCAUCAGUGAAGGCGAGCGAAGCAAACUCCACAGAAAGUCUGAAGUCCGGCUUUAGCCGGACGUUCAGACUGGUUAUUUAUAUUUGGCGUAUGAAUGUUCGUCUAAUUUCAGCCGUAACUUUUACUGCAUGCACCUUGCCACCUACGCCAUUUCCAAUCGUAUCACACAGUAAAAUUGUUGUUGACAUGGAAUGUUUGCUUUUUUAG